UUCACCUCCUCCACCUCUCUCUGUCUCUCUUUCUCCCAGUCUUCUCCUCGGCACACCUCUGAUCUCUGCUCUCUCUGCUUUCUGUCAUAUGUUCUCUGUUUUUUCUCGUGUGCUGGCAGGCUGAUGUAAAGGCCUGAGAAUGGGGAAACACCCGGGGAGUGUUUGCACACACUCCUGUCCUUUACUGCACAGAGGGAACUCCUGACUGUCACUCGCUGGGAUCUCACACUUCUACAUCUCUUUUCUUUUUACAAGGUAAGAGGCACUUGGGCACAGUGGCAACAGCUGGAUGUAGAUUAAGGAUUAAGACUUUUAUCAUAUUGAAAGGUUGCUGUAGGUUCCAGUAGGUCCCAGUAGGUUCCAGUAACUGAGGCUGAAUGCGAAGAAGAGAGAGGGACAUCUCAUAUCUCGUUGGUGGACCAGGUGGACAAGACUGCCUAUUGGAAUGGCAACACAGUGUCAUAGAUUGGUUACAUGGACAUGACAGAUGAAACCACCUGAAUCGGAGUUCCAGAGAAGUGCUUAGGAACCAUGCGUUGCUCAACCUUGUUGAUGAUCCUGACAGCUGUACUGCUGUAUCUGGUGAUGGGGGCACUGGUGUUUGGCUGGCUGGAAACACCUGAAGAAAAAUUAGCCUAUGAACAACUUCUCACCUCUCGCCAUGACUUCCUGCACAACCACUCCUGCGUCAGAGAGAAAAGCCUCACUGAGUUCACUCAGAAAGUGGUUGAUGCGAUUGAGGCUGGAGUUGAUGCUAGAAGCACUGCUAAUUUCACCAGUAGGUGGGAUCUGUCCAAUGCUUUUUUCUUCUGUGGAACCAUUAUCACCACCAUUGGUUUUGGGAACCUUUCCCCAAAGACACAGGGAGGCCAGCUGUUUUGUAUAUUCUAUGCAUUAGUAGGAAUCCCUAUGUUUGGAAUUCUCUUAGCUGGAGUGGGCGAUCACCUGGGAACUAUACUCCGGAGAGCAGUAGCAAAGAUAGAGGGUCUGUUUCUGAAACGGGUGAGUGCUACCAGUGUGAGGGUCAUAUCUGCUGUCUUCUCCAUUCUGAUUGGUUGCUUGAUCUUUAUUGCCUUGCCAACCUUGGUGUUUCAAGAAGUGGAAAAAUGGACUCUUCUGGAGGCAGGAUACUUUGUAGUAAUCACGCUGACAACUGUGGGCUUUGGUGAUUAUGUAGCAGACAAUCGCAGAAAUGGCUCUCCUCUCUACAAACCACUGGUGUGGCUUUGGAUUGUAUUUGGUUUGGCGUAUUUCGCUUCCAUCCUCACUAUGAUAGGCAACUGGCUCAGAGUGCUCUCCAAGAAAACUAGAGCAGAGAUGGAAGAGCUGAGAGCCCAUGCCACAGAUUGGACUCAGAACAUCCAGAACAUGUCUAUGGAUUUCCGUAUCCCUGUCCCUCUGGACCUUAAUGACCCAUUCCAGCUCCAGCGCAGACGCCGAAGGAAACGCCACCGUGGCGCCCACCAUCGACACCCGAGGUUGGCUGUGGAUGGGCUUCCUCAUGGGGUGUCCCUUGAGGCUGAGGCUGUCAAGGAAAAUGGGCAUCUGUUUGUGAGCUGGCCUGGUUCCCGAUAUAACACUGCUUCUGACACCAGGUUGUAUGCGAAGUACGAAAUGAGGCCUGGAUCAAGGCUUACAUCAGGUCAGAGGUCCAGGCCUGUCUCCCGGCCUGAGCUGAGGUCCCAGUCAAAGCCUGCAUCAAAGUCUGGAUCUAGAUCAGUUUCUGGGUCAGAUUCCAGAUCCGAGAUUUCGUCAGAAUCCUGGUCUGGGUCUGACUGGAACUCGCAGGAGUCUGGUUCUGUCUCUGGGCCUGAAACUGCUGAGAAAAGGCCUUUAAGCAUAAAGGACAUCCCUGCUGUCUUGGUUGCGAGCUAUUCUGCUCUUCCUGCACCUUCUCCAUCUCUUUCUUCUCCAUCGUCCCCUUCUUCUCCCCAACGCCCAUCUCUCCUGGACUUCUUUGGUGAGAACCUGGCCUACAUCGACGAGUCCUCUGACACUCUGAGCGACCGAAUCAAACCGUCCGGCAGCGGGACGAACCGGCCUCGCAAACCCAAGCGGAGAAGCAUGAGGAGGCAGCUCCCCUACAGGAGUCCUACUGGACUACAGAGUGAGUGCAGCAGUGAACUUCAACCCCCAUCAAACCCCCCGACACCCCCACCUCUCAAAGACUGACUGUGACACCUAAGGUCAGCAGUUCUGUAGAUUUCUAGAACCACAAAAUGAUGUAGUGUGUAACAGUGCACACUGCAGUCAGUGGCCGCAGCCUGCAAUACGUUAGUGGAAGGAGAGGACCAUCAGAGUUCAUUGCAGUUAGGUUGCCUUUUUAAACGGUGUGAAGGCGUGACUGCUGCUUUGCAGCAGAAAGGAGUUAAAGGUUGUCUGAGUACUGAGUGGUAAUUUGUCACCAAAGAGCUUGACAAAAAGCUAGACAAUGAUUUAUGCUGUGUUCAUAGUGUACGAAUGUAGCACUUCAGCAAAUUGGUCCUGUCUUGAUAUGUAAGCACCAGGUCAUGUGACUUGUAGCAUAAAUAUAACCAAAUAAUUGGUUGUACGCUGGUUAUAAGGUUGCUAUAUAUGUUAAAAUUUUCAGGCAAAAAAGUUCUGUAUAAUUUAAUGAAUAUGCUAAAAACAGGAUUUAGUGGGUCAUUAUAAACAAAUGUAACACAUCUUCUAUUUUUUAUAUGUUGAUAUAAAAUAAUACAUUUCCUUAGAAACUAGUUUGUCUCAAUAUGCCCUGCAUGUGACUGGCCACUAUUAAAUUAUUAUUUCAAAGAUAUCCAAACAGCAUAACCAACAACAAACCGCUCUGUGUAAAUUUGUUUACAUCUUAACCCUUUAACAUCCUCACCAAGAAAAUAAGAUGGGACACCUUUUAAUUUUUUAAGAGCCUGUUUUUGAAAUAUACACCUCUAUCAAACAUUUAUGGUGAAAAUUUGUGAUGAAAUCAGAACACAUAAAAAAAAUCAGAACGUUUCCCUUGUAUAAAGUUACAUAAUUUCAUCCAUCACCUCUUGAAACUAUGCCAAAAAUAACGUUUUACCAAAAACUAUUAAUAUAUUCAGUGAUUUACAAAUAAAUAAUAAAAAGGCAUAUUAUUGAAUGACACAGUGACCUCUAGUGGAUUAUAUUGACUUAGAUUAAAGUGUUACACAUUGAAUUAUGCAGAAAUUCUGGUAAAUCAUUUUCAAUAUACUCCCUCUAAAAUACAGUGCUGUGCCAUAAACACAGAUCACGUGCCAUAUUUACAGAAGUCUUACGCACAUUUGCUACAUUAAUUUGCCACAUAUUGUUUUAGUGAUGGCUUUUUUUUUUUUUUUUUUUACAAUUUUUUUUACAACAAAGUUUUUUAUACAGUUUCUUUUGAGUGAUUGUUGUGAUUUUCUCGUUUGCACUUGAUAUUUUCAAUUUGUGGCAUGCACAAUAUUGUGACUGCUUUCAGAAUGCAUUACAAUUGCAUCACUUUGUACCUCUGAAAUGUUUUAAAUGUCUUAUAUUUACAGUUUUUUUAUGUCUUACAUAAUCCAUGUCAGAUAAAUGUAAUAGUGUAAUAGAUUUGUGGAUCAUGUGACUAAUAUUCAUAAGUAGAAAUGGAUUAAAUGUAAACUGUUUUUUUUUCUUUGAAAGCAGUUCAGGGUCAGGCCGGGUCAGGUUUGGUGUGAACUCUGAAUGACUGGAUGGCGCCCUCUUAUGGCUGUCUGACUAUACAAGCAUUUUACUGCUUUUCCUAAAAGCUCUCUCACCAUUUCCUGUUUUUGCUCCUGUUGUCCUACUCCACAGACUAACUACAGAUACUGAAGGCCUAGUAUAAACUGAGUGAACUUGUAUGAUGUAUAUGUGUAUGUAGAAUAUAUUAAUUCUGUGGUUGGAAA